AUGUCUCGCGCUCAUAAGCGUGCAUUUGCACUUGUUCUCGAGGAAGAAUAUGACGACUUUGAUGAUAUUUUCGUGAAUCGCCGUCCUAGGUUUAUCAAGGAAAGGACGAACGAUUUUGAAAACCUAGAUGAACUAGAUUUCGUGACACGAUAUCGGCUGUCAAAGAAGUCAGUUCUUCACGUAUUGGAACAAAUAGAAGAUCAGCUCGAAUACAGUAGUAACAGAAAUAACGGCGUGUCUCCAAUCAACCAACUUCUAUGUACCCUAAGGUUUUAUGCAACCGGGUGCUUUCAAGGGACAGCAGGAGACCUAUGUGGUGUCAGUACUGCGACAGUAAAUAGGAUAGUGCAUAAAGUCAGUCGGGCCAUAGCUUCAUUGUGGCGAGAUUAUAUUUUAUUCCCUGAGACAGAUGAAGAAAUUAAAAGGACUCAAAGGAUGUUCUAUCAGAAAGCUAAAUUUCCAAGAGUCAUCGGUGCUAUAGACUGCACCCACAUUAAAUUCUGGCAAUCGCCAGUUGCGUUCAGUUAA